CCCUUCCCAUCUAGCUCUCUCUAGCUCUCUCUCUCUCUAGCUCUCUCUAGCUCUCUCUCUAUAAAAGCAUAUAACAUCUAACCAACAAGAAGGCUCCUCCUUGGCUCCUUCUCUUUCUCCCCACUCCCAAUCUACACUUUUCACACCAUGACUGACCCUAACUAUCAACCAAAUUUCUACCACUCCCAACAACAAUAUUGGCUCAAAUUCAACCCUAAUAAUACUCACCAUUUCCCUUCUUCUAACUCUAAACCUCCUCCUAGUUUCCUUCACAACUUCUACUCAUCUAAUUAUCAAAGUAGUUACAAUCACCAUCCUCCUCCCCCUCCUUCUCCUCCUUUGAAAGAAGCCCUCCCUCUCCUCAGCUUAAGUCCAAUCAAACAUGAUCGUGGCGAUGAAGUAGUAGUUCAAGAACCAGUAGAUUGUUGCACUUCUAAUAUGGAUGUGGACAAUAAGAUCAAGAAAGCUACAGAUCAUAAUUGUAGUCCUAAAAAUGAUGCUGCUGGUGAACAAGAAGAAGAAGAAAAUGAUGAAAAUGAUGUUACUGUAGCACUUCAUAUAGGUCUACCAAACCCUAGUGCUGCUGAUCUGGCUUCUAUUCUCUCUUCUAAUAGAGAUGAAGAAGAAGAAGAAACUUAUCAUGAUCAUGAUAAUGAUGUUACCAAUAUGAAUAUGAAUAUGAUAAACACAAGACUCAACAAGGGACAGUAUUGGAUUCCCACUCCUUCUCAGAUUCUUAUUGGUCCUACUCAAUUCUCUUGUCCUGUUUGUUUCAAGACUUUCAAUAGAUACAACAACAUGCAAAUGCAUAUGUGGGGGCAUGGCUCUCAAUACAGAAAAGGUCCAGAAUCACUAAGGGGAACUCAACCAACAGGGAUGCUAAGACUUCCUUGCUAUUGCUGCACUCCUGGCUGCAGAAACAACAUUGAUCAUCCAAGGGCAAAACCAUUAAAAGAUUUCAGAACACUUCAAACACAUUACAAAAGGAAGCAUGGAAUUAAGCCUUUUAUGUGCAGGAAAUGUGGAAAGGCCUUUGCUGUUAGAGGAGAUUGGAGAACACAUGAGAAGAACUCUGGCAAGCUUUGGUAUUGCAUUUGUGGAUCUGAUUUUAAGCACAAGAGGUCUCUUAAAGAUCAUAUUAAAGCUUUUGGUCAAGGUCAUGGAGCUUAUGGCAUUGAUAAUUUUGAAGAGGAGGAAGAUCCUGCAUCUGAAGUUGAACAAGAUAAUGAGUCUAUACUGUGAAAAUUCUAGCUCCGCCGGCAAUUAGAGCAGUAUAUGAAGUGAGUUCGAGUAACUCGUCUAGCAAAUGGUUCGGUCUAUUUCUCUAGCUAUUUUGUGCAGCAUCUGAAGUUGAACAAGAUAAUGAGUCUAUACCGUGAAAAUCCUAGCUCCGUCACUGAUCAGAACAGUAUAUGAAUGAGUUCUGGUCACUCGUGUAGCAAAUAAUUCGGUCUAUUUCCCUAGCUAUUUUGUGCAGCAUCUGAAGUUGAACAAGAUAAUGAGUCUAUAUUGUGAAAAUCCUAGCUUCGCCUGAUUAGAACAGAAUAUGAAGUGAGGUCUAGUCACUCGUCUAGCAAAUGAUUUAGUCUAUUUCUCUAGCUAGUUUGUGCUAAUUAAUUAACCAAGAUUUUAGCUAAAGCUUUUGUACAUGUAAAUAUAUUUUUCCUUUUGGUUUCAAAUCAAAGUACGUUUUGUGACAAUGAUUUAAUGUGGUCUUCGUUAUUGUACUAGUGUCCUGUUUGCUCAA